CAUAAUUAUUUCAAAAUUCCAAUUUCAGACAUAACCCUAAUCUCAUGUAUCAGAAACUAACGUCUCUUUCUCUGUGAAAACGUUGCCGUCGCCUCUCUCAACCUUCACGAAUCCGGCGAUUUCCGGCGAUCUCCGAACAACGAUUUGUCGGCUCUCUGCGACAAUCUCCUGCGACAAUCCCUCACGAAAACGGUCUCUGCGACAAUCUCCGGCGACGACCUUUCUCUCUCACUCGUGAGCAAUUUGCUUUUGCGUGGUGGUGCUCUAGAAAGGAAUAAAAUUUUCACUUUUGAUUAACCUCCGUCCAAGCCUUGAACCGUAGCAUAUCAAUUUUAACAACCAAAACCCUAAAACAACAGAACUCCGCAGUUCAGUCAAUCGCUCUGCCGUUCUACCCUUGCAUCCGAUACAAGUUGGAGUUGCACUGAUCUAAACGCCGGCGGAGUUGGCCAUCUGCAGCCAGAAUCUGAGAAAUUCCAGGUUUUGUGAUGGAUGUGGAAUGGUCCGAAUCACGGUAUGAUGAUAGGAAUGACAAAGAUGAUUCUCCUGUGAGGGAGCAUUAUGAUGAUGAUGGGGUAGAUAAGUCUAGCAGGCAUAGGAGCAAGGAUAGGAAGAAGAGUGAUAAGGAACACCGGAGUAAAGACAGGGAUCAGCUCAAGAGGGCUUCUGAGGAUGUAGAGAAGGAUAGGGGUGCUGGAAGGGAACGUAACAGGGAUGAGCGGGAAAAGGACAGGGGUAAAGACGGUAAAGUAAGGGAGAAAGAUUAUGAUAGAGAGAAAUAUAGGGAAAAAGAGCGUGAGAGGGAUAGAGAUAAGAAGGAUCGGGGUAAGGAUAGAGACCGGGAGAAAGAAAGAGAGUUGGAGAAAGAUAGUGAUCGAACGCGCGAGAAGGAAAGAGGAAAAGAGAAAACUAGGGAUAGGGAUAAGGCAAAGGAAAGGGAGCGAGAGAAACAUAGAGAUAGAGAAAGUUAUAGAGAUGGGGAUCGGGAUAAGGGGAAAGAUAAAAUUAGAGAGGAGAGGGAGACUGAUCGAGAUAAAGAUAGGUCAAGGGAUAGAGGAAGUAGAAAGGCUCACGAGGAAGAUUAUGAAUCGGGUAAUCUUGAUGAUAAAGUAGACUACCAUGAAAAAAGAGACGAGGAGGUUGGCAAGCAUGCAAAGGCUUCAAAACUCAAUCAAGAUGAUAAAGAUGGUGAAACAUCAACACACUUGUCACAAAAAGAACUUGAAGAACGUAUCUUGAAAAAUAGUAUUAAGCAACUUCAAAAUAUCAGUCAUCCCACUUUUCACUAUUGUGCUAGUGUGUUUGGGGUUGGUUGUUUUCCGGGAGAUGACACUGUUGCCAAAGAACUUAUGAUUUAUUGUGUGUUUAAGAUUUUCAUGGGUGGAUUAGUGAUAAAAAAUAAUUGGAAUGAUGGCUCACUGAGUAUAUGUGGGCAAAUAGUGAUGAAAGAAACAAGAACAAAUAAACAAUCUGCAGCAGCUUCCGAGAUCUCAUCAUGGGUUAAUAAAAGCCGCAAGCUUGAAAAGAAAAAAGUGUCGCAGCUCUCUAAGCAUUUUGAGGAGCAGGACAACAUCGCAGUAGAGGGAAGUGACGAUGAGGAUACCACCCAUCACACUGAUCACCUGGCGGGAGUGAAAGUUCUUCACGGCCUUGACAAAGUAGCAGAAGGUGGUACUGUAGUUCUGACAAUCAGAGAUCAGCCCAUACUUGCUGAUGGUGAUCUUAAUGAAGACAUUGAUAUGCUUGAGAAUGUGGAAAUCGGGGAACAAAAACGCCGAGAUGAUGCUUAUAAAGCUGCAAAAAAGAAAACUGGCAUAUAUGACGAUAAGUUCAAUGAUGAUCCCUUUGCAGAAAAGAAAAUACUUCCAAAAUAUGAUGAUCCAGUUGCCGAAGAGGGUUUAACUUUGGAUGAAAGAGGAAGGUUCUCAGGUGAAGCUGAAAAGAAACUUGAAGAGCUCCGAAAAAGGUUAACUGGUGUUUCCACUAAUAACUUUGAAGACCUUACUUCAUCUGGAAAGGUAUCAUCAGACUACUAUUCUCAUGAAGAAAUGCUUCAAUUUAAGAAGCCUAAGAAGAAAAAGUCCUUACGGAAGAAAGAUAAGCUGGACAUUAAUGCCCUUGAAGCUGAAGCUAUCUCUUCAGGAUUGGGUGUUGGCGACCUUGGUUCUCGGAAAGAUGCAAAGAGGCAAGCCAUCAAAGAUGAACAAGAAAGAUUGGCAGCUGAAAUGAGAAGUAAUGCUUACCAGUCUGCUUAUGCUAAAGCAGACGAAGCCUCCAAAUUACUUCGUCCAGAACAAUCUCUGUACAAUAAAACAGGGGAAGAUGAAACCCCAGCUUUUGCAGAUGAUGACGAGGAUCUCCGUAAAUCCUUAGAGAAAGCAAGGCGACUGGCUCUUAAGAAACAGGAGGAGAAAGGAGCAUCUGGCCCUCAAGCUAUUGCUUUACUUGCUGCUUCGAAUCCUAGUAAUGAGACUGUUGAUGAUCAAAAUUCUACAGCGGUAGAGUCGAGAGAAAAUAAGGUGGUCUUUACAGAGAUGGAAGAAUUUGUCUGGGGUCUUCACAUUGACGAAGAAGCACGUAAGCCAGAAGGUGAAGAUGUUUUCAUGCAUGAUGAUGAAGAGGCAAAUGUUCCUGUUGAGGAAAAGAAAGACGAGUCUGGUGGGUGGACUGAAGUUAAAGAAACUGAGAAAGACGAGCAACCCAACUCAGAAGACAAGGAAGUGAUAGUUCCCGAUGAAAGUAUACAUGAAGUUGCUGUAGGGAAAGGACUGUCAGGUGCAUUGAAACUGCUUAAAGAUCGAGGAACACUUAAGGAAAGCAUUGAAUGGGGUGGCAGAAACAUGGAUAAGAAGAAAAGCAAAUUGGUUGGGAUUGUAGAGGAUGAAGGAAAGGAAGUACAGAAUAAAAAAGAGAUUCACAUUGAGAGGACAGAUGAGUUUGGGAGAAUAUUGACUCCUAAGGAAGCCUUUCGAAUAAUUUCUCAUAAGUUCCAUGGCAAAGGACCUGGCAAAAUGAAGCAGGAAAAGCGUAUGAAGCAAUUUCAUGAAGAAUUGAAAUUGAAGCAAAUGAAGAGUUCAGAUACACCAUCGUUGUCUGUGGAGAGAAUGAGGGAAGCUCAAGCUCGUAUGAAGACACCCUAUCUUGUUCUCAGCGGUCAUGUUAAACCUGGACAAACUAGUGACCCAAAAAGUGGUUUUGCUACAGUUGAGAAGGAUCUUCCUGGAGGCUUGACACCUAUGCUCGGUGAUCGGAAGGUUGAGCACUUUUUGGGAAUCAAGAGGAAAGCUGAACAAUCAAGCUCAGAUACCCCAAAAAAGACGAAAUCUUGAUUCCUUGGUCUUGUAAUGAAAAGCAUUUCAAGCUAAAAUCCUUAUAUGGUUGCAAUUUGAUUUGAAAUUUUAAUGACAUGAGGGUGAAGAAUCCAUAGAACUCACAUUAUUUUGUAUUCUGUACAUUGAAGAAAUGAGGGUGAAGAAUCCAUAAAACUGAGAGAUGAAAGAGUAAACAAAAAGGCUUGUAUGAGAAUUUUGAAAAUAUGUGGGAAUGGAAGAAUCAAGUGUACAAAACUCUUUCUAGUAGAUUUUAGGAUUUCAGGGAUUAUUGACCUAGUCUAAAUAGAAUUCAACUUUUUAACAAGUUAUUUCAUUAGUCCAGGACCCAAUAAGAACACACACCCUUUAUCAUUCACAGUCUCCAUCUUUUAGCCUCUUCACUCUAAGUCACUUCAUAAUUUUAAGUGACAUUAAUGACAUUUUUUCUAAUAUAUCCUCUAUCAUUUAUUAUUAUUAUUUCUUCUUUUAAUUCUUUAA